AUGGAAAGACACCUGCGUAAUUGGCUGCGCUGCUGUACAAUUCUCGGCAUCUACUUGAGUCCUGUGGAAGAAAACACUUCGAUAUUGGCAAAGUCAAAGAUCGUACAAGCGUCCAACACCAGACGUCAGGCUUGGUCUAGUCAGCCCAUAUGCCAUACCUAUCUGCUGCAGCGUCUAUAUCUUGCAGCACUCGCCUUAACUGUCUGUACACUCUACGUGCAUGGGCUGUACAUGCGUGAUAUAGAAAAUGGACUGGCACUUACUUGGCUGGUGGCUACUUUAGUCUAUACCUCGCAAGUGUUUACGCAUCUUUUCAUAUUUAUGGAAGCGCUGUGGAAGAGGGAACAACACGAACGAUUUCUGCUGCUCUUGCAGGAAAUCGAAGUUUGGUUGAAGUUGCGGCUAAAGUGUGAUGUGCGCAAGCGACAACUGCUGAUGAGCUUGAGCCGCCUCUUGUUGGGUACGGGGCUGCUUUCAUUUGUUGGACUGUCCGUUUUUAUGACGGUCUCGGUUUUGCUGAACGACAUUGGUUACGCAUUCCAUGCGGCCUGGUCCGUUGUUACUUUCCGUGUGCGAAUACUUCAAUUGCUGAUCUAUACGCGCAUCAUGCGACACUAUUUGGAGUGCUUGUGUGUCAAACUGCGGCAGGUAGUCGCAUGCCGUACCUCACCGCAAAGCCAACUAUUGGAUAUCAACUACGGGAAGUUGGAAUCUAUGGAACUGCUACUGGCCAUCAAAGAGAACUAUGCUCUGAUCUUUAAGGCCAUACAGUUGUUGAACGAUUUUGCUGGUUGGUCGCUUUUCGGCAUUAUUUUUGGUCAUAUGUUGGAUUUCACUUGCCACGUCUAUUGGACACUACUCGGUUUGGAUGGUUACGAUUCGCCCUACAAUUAUAUGGUGGGCUUGCCAGCCGUUUUGCCGUUUAGCGUGAUUGUCUGCUAUCUGUGUUAUGUGUGUGACAAAUGCAAACAAUUGGGUAAUACGAUUGCGCAUUUGGUUAGCAGACUCAUUACAGUCACUUCGACGCAACGAACGCAGCGUUAUUGUGCUGUGGUGCAUCAGCUAUCAACACAAUUACAACUACAACGCAUCGAGGUAACCGCCAAGCAAUUCUUUGUGUUGGACUUGCGUCUGAUUAUGUCGAUCUGUACAGCGAUUGCAACAAAUCUUGUCAUACUCAUACAAUUUUUAAAAACAGAGAAUGUAUAA